AUGGCUACGGUUGCGAGUGGAAUGAAUAACGCGAUCCCAAACGGACCUGAACUUGGUGAAGUGAAAAUAGAGAAAGUAGAUCAGAUCAAGACGAGCGAUCAGAACUUCAACUGGAAAAUAACGACGACGGUGCCUUCAUAUAACGAUGCCAAUUCCCUGAACACAACAACAACCGUAACAGAAAACACGUCUUCGGACAACAGUAAUAAUGUAGUAGUGGCAGAAUGUCCUCAAAUCGAUGCUGCUACUCUAAAGCUUGCUACUUUGCCAAUGAAGACACAGAUCAUGCCUGGCCCUUACUCUGAAGUUCAGCUGCCCAAGAAGGAAAAUCAUGUCAAACGGCCGAUGAAUUCGUUCAUGGUUUGGGCGCAGUCAGCGAGAAGAAAACUCGCCGAACAGUACCCGCACGUACAUAAUGCUGAAUUAAGCAAAAUGCUCGGAAAACUCUGGCGAAUGCUUCCCCCCGCUGAAAAGCAACCGUACGUGGAUGAGGCGGCAAGGCUAGACAAAAGACACAAAGAGGAAUUUCCAGACUAUAAAUAUCGACCAAGAAGGAAGCAGAAACCGAUGAAACGUCCGUAUGUUCAAACGCGAGUUGCUGUGACACCCGGGUGGCCUGCUGGACAGGCUCAAACUCCAAUCGCAAUGAACGGGACGGCUACCAUCGCAGCUCAAAACGGCACCUUUCCCACUACAGCUUUGACACAGAAUUCCCAAGUGGCUCAGGUUUUUCCUCAAGGAAUUCAGACAGUCCCAGUACAAGCAGUGAACAAUGGAGGCACGGUAACGUAUGCGCCAAUCGGUAGUGUAGGAUACGUACCAACGACUCCUAUUCCGGGAGGAAGUAUGAUUCUACGACCAACGUUCGUUACAACUGCAGUAACGAAUCCAACAUCAAUCCAACCUGCAGCUUCUGUAACCGUGCAGGCGGUCAGAUCUACCGUAGCAACAACUUUGGCGACUCCAAGUUAUGCUAUCCCGUUAACACAGUACGCUGGAGCGCCGAUUAUUGUUUCGAGCGGUGUCAAUAACCUGGUUAACUCUACCGACAAUACAAACAUGGCUACAGAAAAACCUACGGAAAACGUACCUCUGGCUACCAUAAGCAUUCCCGCUUCAAUGGCUGGGCCCAUGAACAAUCAUUUCGCCACUAUUGCGGCUGCAGGACUUGUGGCGCCCAAUUCGGAUCCUGUCCAACCCAAAACCUCGGAAAGCCAACAUGCGGUGGAUAAUAAUUCCGUUCUGACUGUUUCUGUGUCGAGAAAUGGCACUGAGAACCAAGUUGAUGCGUCAAACGCAGAGCAUCGACAGAGUAUUGAGGUGAAAACAGCUGAGGGAUGUCGGAUUUAA